UUGUUGAGGCCUGAGUUCACGUUUCUUACAAUCCAAUCUAAUUUCCAUUUUUAAAUGGAAAAAAUUAAAUAAAAUUAAAAGUGAAUAAGCAAAACAUUUUAUAAUCUUUUGGGCAUCUCGGAAAAUAUCUCAGGCGCCGUCUUGAACUUCUCUCAACCCGCCAUGGCGGCGUCUUCUGUUGCACGAUCCGCAACAACCCCUUUCCCACUAAACUUCGUAUCGAAACCCUCGCAGUCCGAUCACUUUCCCAAAACAGCCUUAAACUUCGACCCUCGGUUCAAACGCUGUCGCAUCGCCCUGGCCCCGGCCUCUCUUCGCUCAGACGACAACGAUCGCAGCAGAAACGGCGGCCACGGCCACAACCACCUGGUUGGAGGUGCUCUCGAAUUGGACAGCAGCGCCUUGGAGGACUUCCCCUACGACGUCGUAUCGAAAGACUUGCAUACUCUCCCAAGACCUUUGUCAUCGACCCAUCUUUCCAAUUCGGUCUCUGAUGGCCCCCGCCUUCGUGUUGCAUAUCAGGGGGUUCGUGGAGCAUAUAGUGAAUCAGCUGCAGAGAAAGCAUAUCCAAACUGCGAAGCAGUGCCUUGUGAACAAUUUGAUACCGCUUUUGAAGCUGUUGAACGCUGGCUUGUGGACAGAGCAGUCUUACCAAUUGAGAAUUCAUUAGGUGGAAGCAUCCACAGAAACUACGACCUUUUACUCAGGCACAGGUUGCAUAUAGUAGGGGAAGUGAAACUUGCAGUUCGGCAUUGCUUACUGGCUAAUCAUGGUGUUGAAGUGGAAGACCUGAAAAGGGUUCUUAGCCAUCCACAGGCUCUUUCUCAGUGUGAGCACACAUUAACCAAGUUGGGAUUGGUCCGAGAAGCAGUGGAUGAUACUGCUGGUGCAGCAAAGCAUGUUGCUUUCCACAAACUAAAAGAUACAGGAGCUGUUGCUAGCUCAGCAGCUGCAGACAUUUAUGGUCUGACGAUACUUGCACAGGAUAUUCAGGAUGAUUGUGACAAUGUGACCCGGUUUCUAAUGCUUGCAAGAGAACCUAUUAUUCCCGGCACAGAUAGGCCAUUCAAGACGAGUAUAGUUUUCUCACUAGAGGAAGGCCCUGGGGUCCUUUUUAAGGCGCUUGCUGUUUUUGCUUUGCGUCAAAUCAAUCUGACAAAGAUUGAAAGCCGUCCCUUGCGGAAGCAACCGCUGCGAGCGUCUGAUGAUAAUAAUGGCAGAUACUUUGACUAUCUUUUUUAUGUGGAUUUUGAAGCAUCAAUGGCUGAUCAAAGUGCACAAAAUGCCCUUAGGCAUCUGAAGGAAUUCGCCACAUUCUUGCGGGUGCUAGGGAGUUAUCCGAUGGAUAGAAGCAUGAUAUGAAUGACCGACAAAUGUGCUUUCGUCUUCUAUCAUUGUCAAAUUUCAAGAAUAAAAUUGACCAAAUUACAUCACAAAUAUUUCUGAAGCUCACUUUACUCUUUGCUGUUGUGCGCCCCUGCAAGUACAGAAGUUUUAUAAUGUAUUGUUAAUAGAUGCUCUGCGACAUUGCACGUGGAUGCAAUUUUGUAGUGUCUUCUCUCAACUUUUUUCAUUUAAUUAUUAGGUUUCCCCCCUCUAUUCUUGAGAAAA